UGGGGUCGGAAGUAAGCACAAACUGCCGUCCUCGCGACAAUGUACUACUACUAAUUAAAAGUACACUACUAAAAUAUCUUUCAGCAAAAUUUGUGUGCUUUGAUGUAAAAAAAUCCACAGGCUCGCGUCACAAAGAGGCGGAAAGUGAACGUAAUGGGACCCCCGCCGUCGUGGUUGUGCCUUCAGCUCUUCUCGCGUGUCGUCGAUGCCUCACGCCGCACAACAGCGCCGCCCUCUCUCGCGACGGCCGCUGUCGUCCACUACACCCGCCCCUGUUGGCGGUGACAGCGCGGAGGAGCGUCUGCCGUCAGUCCUCCAGGGCGCCAUCCCGAGCGACCGAUGCCGAAUGGCCCUCCGCUCCGCACACGGCCAUGUAAGCGAGGAUGCGACUGCCUAGCUCCAUCUUUGUGUCGGUGUCUCUGUUCACGGCCGAGGCCACUGCGGCGGUCUACCUGAGCUCGACGUACAGUUCGGCCGGGGACAGGUUUUGGCUCAACCUCACCCUGCUCUUUACGCUGCUGCCGUCCCUGCUGGUGCAGCUGACCCUCAUCUUCAUCCACCGGGACCUGAGCCGGGACAAGCCGCUCCUCCUGCUGCUGCACAUCCUGCAGCUCGGACCCGUCAUCAGGUGUCUGGAGGCGUUCUGGCUCUACGGCAGCGUGGGCCGCGUGGAGGACACUUAUGUCAGCAUCACCAGGAAGAAGCAGCUGCACCGCACAGGCUCCACGGAGGAGGUGGAGCACCAGGUGGGGCAAGCCGAAGGCAAGCUGAUCACGCACCGGGCGGCGUUCGCGCGCACCUCCGUCAUCCAGGCCUUCCUGGGCUCCGCCCCCCAGCUCAGCCUGCAGCUCUACAUCUGCGUGAUGGAGCGAGGCCUGUCUGUGGGACGAGUCACUCUGAUGCUAAUCUCGUUGCUCUCCAUCGUGUACGGAGCGAUGCGCUGCAACAUCCUGGCCAUCAAAAUCAAGUACGACGACUACGAUGUGCACAUGCAGCCCAUGGCCUACGUGUGCAUCUUCCUGUGGCGCGGCUGCGAGAUCGCCACCCGCGUGAUGGUGCUGGUCCUCUUCAGCUCCGUGCUGAAAAAGUGGGUGAUGCCCGUGAUCGCUGUCAACUUCUUGGUCUUCUUUUUCUACCCGUGGCUCCUCUUCUGGAAGGGCCACUCGCCCUUCCCGGAGAACAUCGAGAAGACGUUGUCGCGGCUGGGCACCGCCAUCACGCUGUGCAUGCUCACCUUCCUGUACGCCGGCAUCAACAUGUUCUGCUGGUCGGGCGUGCAGGUGAAGCUGGACGACCCGGACCUGAUCAGCAAGUCCCAGAACUGGUACCGCAUGGCCGUGUUUUACAUGGCGCGCUUCAUCGAGAACGCCUCCAUGCUGCUGAUGUGGUACAUCUACAGGACGGACUUCUACCACGUCCUCUGGGUGCCGCUGCUGAUGCCCCUGCUGCUGGCGGCCUACAUCGCCGCCAUUUUCUUCAUGCUGAUCUUCUACCAGUUCUUCCACCCGUGUCGGAGGCUCUUCAGCACCAGCAUCAGUCACGACCUCAGGGACUGCUGCGCUUUUUUCUGCCUGACGUGCAGGUCUCCAGAGGAAGGCGACAAGCCUCGCAAGGCGCCUGGUGCCGCCGACGUACGCUGCGACAUUCCCGACGCGGCGAACGGCAACGUCAGCUGCACUUUGGCGCCGUAAAAGUGCCACGCUGGUUCCUCGCUAUGUUUACAUCCAACCUUUUUUUAUCAGCCUCAAUACAAACAUGCACCAAACCCUGCAUCACCUCCCCUGUGUGUGACAACAAGAGAUCUGAUGCCUGAUUGUACCGUUACCAGGGGCUAAAGAUGUGAGUAUUGUUUUUUAUUUAAUAUGUGAGGUCAUGAGUCACAGAUGCUCAUCUUUUCUGCACCAAACUUUUCAUGUGCACAGGGAACUGAAACCGGCCUCCCCGCCACUAUUUUUCUGCAUGCGUCACCAUUCUGUAUUAAUGACAUUAAUGCAAAAUAAUGGAAGAUAUUUUUUUCCCAACUUUCCCAAAACUGUUCCCACAGAGUUUCAAUAACCCCCUUGUUGAUACUACCUAGAAAAGCCAACAUUUUAAAAAUAUUUGACGUAUUUGAGAAUGUGCGUGAACAGCACCAGUGCACAAUGUGGAUGCUGAAUUCGAUUUUUCAGUGUUCAGAAUCAGAAAUACAUCAUUAAUCCCCGAGGAGAAAUUAAUGUUUUGAGCACAAUCCCAUUUAAGCAAAAAUAUUUAUGCCUUUUUCCCACUAUUCUGUAAAGGCAGCCCUAACAUAAAACAUGCAAAUGUUCCCACAAAGUUUGAAUUAUAGACCACAUUAAUGGGACUUAUAAAAGGUCACAUUUUGUUCACUAUUUUGUGUAAAAACACGGAAUCACACCUGCUAGUGUUCCCCAAACUGUUCCCUCUAAAUAUGAAUUCAAAGUUACUUUAAUUCUGCCUGUAAAAAAGGAUAUUUUUUUUCUUUGUAAAAGACAAAGGAAGAUAAAAUGCCAUAUCUUCUGCUGCAUCUCCUGAUUUUCCAGGAAGUAUUUUAAAAAUGACAAGUUCUGGUUAAUGGAUAAAGAGACCUAUCCCAAUACUUUUGCUCAUAUUUAGCAUGCAGAUUUGCGUGCAUGAAGCCUCCUCCUUUCUACCUUUUAUCGAUUUUAUGGCUGCAGGCAACCAACGAUGAAAGCUUUAUAAUACUUGCUAAUGUUGAGUUCUGAAAAAUGAACCAAAUCCUGUAUAAAGUGCUGGUAUUUUUGGCACCAACUACUCCCAAGCAGGAAUUGAGACUGAACAUGCUUCGUUUGCACAUUUCCACAUUAAGUUUGCCAGCUUUUUAUGUCAGUUUGUAAGAAAAGAAAUGAACUUUGUACUUAUAAAUGUAUUUUUGAUUUGUUUCUGCAUUUUUGUUUUUAUUGCAGUUUUUUGCAAACUCUACUAGAUGAAAUAGUGUUUGUUGGAUGACAUUCCGAUAAAGAAAAAAAGGUAUAUUUAUACUAUACCUACUAUACUUUAAUGGUAAGGUAAACACAUUCUAUGCUGACCUCUAGUGGAGUAAAGCAAAACUGCAGACUUAAUAAUACUGCCCCAGUUAUAUGCUUUUAUUUGGAAAAAAAUAAAAUAAAUGGAUAGACAUAUUAUUUAUACACUAAAUUGCCAAAGGUAUUUGGCCACCCAUCCAAAUGAUCCGAAUCAGGUGUCCUAAUCACUUGGCCAGGCCACAGGUGUAUAAAAUCAAGUACUUGGGCAUGGAGACUGUUUCUAAAAACGUGUGAAAGAACGGGCCGCUCAUAGGAUGCCACCUGUGCAACAAAUCCAGUUGUGAAAUUUCCUCCCUCCUAAAUAUUCCAAAGUCAACUGUCAGCUUUAUUAUAAGAAAAUGGAAGUUUGGGAACGACAGCAACUCAGCCACGUAAACUGACAGAGGGGUCAGCAGAUGUUGAAGCGCAUAGUGCAAAGAAGGGGCCGACUUUCUGCACAGUCAGUUCCUACAGAGCUCCAGACUUUGUGUGACCUUCCAAUUAACCAACGUACAGUACGCAGAGAGCUUCAUGGAAUGGGUUUCCAUGGCCGAGCAGCUGUAGCUAAGCCAUACGUCACCAAGUCCAAUGCAAUGCGUCGGAUGCAGUGGUGUAAAGCACGUCGCCACUGGACUCUAGAAGAGUGGUGACGCCUUCUCUGGAGUGAUUGAUCACGCUUUUCCAUCUAGCAAUCUGAUGGACAAAUCUGGGUUUGGAGGUUGCCAGGAGAACGGUACAUAUCAGACUGCAUUGUGCAGAGUGUGAAAUUUGUUGGAGGAGGACUUAUGGUGUGGGGUUGUUUUUCCAGGAUUGGGGCUUAGUUCUAGUGAAAGGGACUUUGAAUGAUCCAUGAUACCAAAUCAUUUUGGACUGUUCCAUGCUCUUAACAUCUUGGGAACAGUUUGGUGCCGGCCCCUUCCUCUUCCAACAGGAAUUAUCGCUGCGGGUUACGUGAGGGACUCCUGGAACACAUGGAGGAUCAUGUGCCUCUCAGCCCUUUCCAUCGAGGACGUCAAAGACAUCUACCUAUUUGGAGCUGUGAUCGCGGGGCACUUGCUGAUUGGGCUGGGCAUUGCUCGGGUGUAUCGACAAAUUCGGAAGACGAUGGCAGCCACUCAAGGGGCCCAACGGCUGUUCAAUGCAAUGGAAGGAUUGGGUCGAGCUGUGGGAACACAGACUGGUGCAAUUUCUGAGUUGAAUCGCAAAAUGGAUCUCAUCUUGGAAAAGUUUGCAGAAAAGGAAUAAUUAAUUGGAACUGAAAGAGUUCCAGCAUGGACAACAGAGAAGAUAAGUCACUAUUUUGUCUUCUCGAAGGAAAACAACUUUUUAUCUACGAUUUGGACUUCCUGAAUGGCCUUGGCAUGGGAACAGGCUGUUCUGAAGAAAAUCUCCCGAAGACUCCUCAAAGAUAGACGCUUUUGACCUUCCUUUUUGUCAACAACAUCUGUAGCCGAACU